GGUUGAGCUUUUAUCGCCACGGAGCACAAAAACACCACGGAUAAAACUACGGUUUAAGGCUCAGCGCGUACCCAUGGGGGGUAAAAACAAACAGAGGACGAAAGGAAAUGUUCGGCCGUCCAGCAGCGGGCGGGCCGCCGAGGUCCUGGCCCGGGAGGGAGGCUCCAUCCCGGGCUUCGUGGGGUUCGGCUCCGCGGCCGUGGAGCUCAGCUACGUCCCCGCGGUCCACGGAGCCGAGGACAUCGACCACCUGGUGGACGCCGACUUCAGACUGGUGCUGAGGAAGCUGUCCAAGAGGGACGGGGUCACCAGACUCAAGGCUGUGCAGGACUUUGGCUCCAUGUGUCAGGAAAGAGAUGCUGAGGAGGUGAAAGGAGUCCUGCCCUACUGGCCCCGGAUUUACUGCAAGAUAUCAGUGGACCACGACCGGCGCAUCAGGGAGGCCACGCAGCAGGCCUUCGAGCAGCUGGUGCUGAAGGUGCGGCGCAGCCUGGCGCCUCACCUGAAGAGUCUGAUGGGCCACUGGAUCCUGUCCCAGUGCGACACGUACACGCCUGCCGCCUCGGCCGCCUGCCAGGCCUUUCAGGCCGCCUUCUCUCCCCCCAAGCAGCCCGAGGCUCUCGGCUUCUGCAAGGAUGAAAUCCUCAUGGUACUUCAAGAUAUUCUGUUAAAGGAGACGGCAGACACGCUGAGUGACCCACAAAACGUGACGGAGGAGGAGAGGGAGGCCAAGUACGUCCGCAUGUUGACCAGUUCCCUGUUGGGGGUGAAGAGGCUGCUCUCCCUGCUGCUCCAGAGCGACAGAGCCGCGCUGGAGGAACGAUUAGCAGAUCUAGUCGGUGCAGCAAAGUUCUGGAAGUUCAGCAAACACAAGACGCCACAGGUGAGAGGAGCGUUCUUCGAGAUGAUCUGCUCCCUGUGUGAGUUCACCCCCGGCCUGGUCCAGACUGAAGCAGCUCGGCUCUGCCCCGCCGUCCUGCUCAGCAUCGACGACGCCGACCCCUUCGUGCUGCCGCCCGUCUGGGAGGCCGUUCUGCACGUCGCCUCCACAAUCCCCGACUGCUGGACGCAUGUUAACGCCAGGAAGGGCUUCCUGCCUAAACUCUGGUCCCUGCUGAGAGACGGCGGUAAAGGCCUGGCCAAAGCUCUGCACCCUAAUCUGAUGCCGCUUCUCAGCAAACUGCCCCCUCAAGUUACUGAUCCGGACCUGGACUUCUACACCGACUUCUUCACCGCAUUCGUGCUCGGUCUCUCUAGCGAGCGCGCCGCGUCAAGCCCGUCAGAAAGUGCAGCUAUCGUCACAUCUUUGGUUGAAUGUCUGAGAUUCUGUCUGCUGCAAAACACUGGAGAGGAGCAUCAUGGGAAACUCAGGACUAUGCUCAUCUCUCAGCAGCUGCUGCCUUUGCUGGAGAAAGCCCUGAAGAAUCCGUCCCUCCAGAACGGGCCGCUCUUCCUUCUGCUCACAGAAAUGCUGCUUUCCUGGGAGAGGAAGGCGGGUUUACACGGCGACGACAAGGCUCAUAAAAGCAAGGCUGUCUUCCUCCGGCUCCUGGCAGACUUCUGGGAGGAACUGGGGCUGUUGUUUGUGCGCUACAUUGACGCUGAGGAGGCCGAUCCGGAGGCGUUGGAGGGAAUAGCCGCCCUGCUGCAGGUGAUGCGCUAUCCGGAGAGGAUAACCAAAAACCACCCCCAGAAGAAGAAACGUGUCAGGAUGUGUUUCUCUAAGCCAGAGGAAGACGAGAAAGCGGGGACCGAGGGAGAAGGCGUCACCAAGCCGGUGCCGGCGGUGCCAGAACCCGUGCAUGCCGAGGCGUCGGGGUCUCUGCAGACGCAGCACUUUGAAGACGUGGUCUGCACGCUGGCCCGGCUCUGUCUGCUGCACGUGAAUGAGAGGAACUCUGAGCCACAUCUGGUUUUCCUCUCGCUGCUGCUGCGGUCGUUCCACACCCCCGGGGUCUUCAGCACGUUGGUUGAGUUUGACGAAAAGAGAACAGACGAGGGAAACCAGCCGAAGGACGUGCUGAAGACGAACCCGGCCGUGCAGUUCCUGCUGCAGCGGGUGGUGGGCUGGCUGGCUGAGCCGGGCCGCCGCGACACCGAGCACCUGGUGGAGAUGGUUUUCAGCUCGCUGUACUGCUGCAGCCGCCAGGACACCACGCGAAUCCUCAACCACGUCACCACGUUGGGUUUGCAGUGGGGAACUCUCCUGCAAAUUAUCCAGAGGGCCUGUAAAGACCCCGAGACUCUGGCGAGCUGCCGUGAUUGGCUGAAGGGUUCAGUCCUGGGGGAUAAACUCCUGGCGCUGACCGAGGAACUCUGCAGGUUUGGGAACAGCGGUCCCGCGUCUGCGUCGUCCUCCAGCAGCAAGAGCUGGACCCUGAUCAGCCUGGUCCUCUCCCAGAACCACCACAGCGAGGCCCUGAUCGGGGAGGUGUACCUGGAGAAGAUCCUGGAGAAGCUCCACAGCACCCUGUGUGAGACCAAGAGCCUCUCGGACGCAGGAAACAUGGAGCCGCUCGUCUCCUUCAUCUGUGACGUGGCGUCCUCCUUCUUCUCCUCCGUGCAAGACUGUCUGCUGCUGUCGUCGGCCGAGGAGCUGCUGCUCACCAUCUUCCAGCUCACGGCCCAGGACCAGAGACACACGCGCUUAUCCGAUUCCCUCCUAGUGAAACUGAAGGAGGUGUGCGGAGCGGGGGUCGGGUCGCUGGUGCAGAGCUGCAGCCCCGAGAUCACGGAGGGAAGUUUCCUGCACAGCGCUGCCGUCUGGGUGAAGAGGCAGCUGCUCACUGUCUCUCUGGAUAUCCACAGUUUGCAGACUCUCGUCGCAGCGGUUCAGAGCUUAAUGGAGAUGAUGGUUUCUGUCGGCGAGCAAACAUCCCCCGUCCUCCGUCACUUCUUCAGCCUCGUGACGCCCAGCCAGACGGAGUGGACGAUGAUCCGAGAGGCGCUGCCCCCCCAGUGGGUCAAAUCUCCUCUGCUGUCCGGCCGCUACAGGGGAGUGUGUGAUAAACCGUCCAAGGACACGUGGAGGUGGAGGGAGUCCGGCCGGCUGCCGGCCCACCUGAGUGUGUGUGCCGUCCUGGGGAGGCUGGUCCAGACGGCUGCAGGCUCGGCUGCAGAGCCUUCACGCCUACCAGACCUCACCUGCACAGUGUCAGAGCUGCGGUACGCGCUGCAGUGGUGUAAGGAGCUGCAGUUCAGUCCUGCCGUCGUCUCAGCGUAUCACGGCCUGCUGACGGACUGGGGGCUGACGGAUGGACUGACGGACCAGGUCCCACAGAAUACCCUGUUAGAGACUCUUUACUCCAGGUCCGUGAUGGAUGGAGGUCUCUGGUCUCUGACGCUAGAAAACUACAUCCAGGCCAACAGUGCAGCGGUGAGGAGGCUCUACGGCGGCGCAGAAAGUCUGUUCCCGGUUUCCCCGAGCAAACUGAGCACGCUGCAGGUGCUCUGCCCCGUCAUGACGAGGGAGGACCGGGAGACUCUCCUCACGCUGGCCACGGCCGGCCUCAUCAACUGGCAGGAAAACGCCGACGUGUACGGCUGCCUGGCCGUGCUGCUCUGCUGCCUGGACGCCGGCACGGAGGUGGAGGAGGAGGUUCUGCAGGCUCUGCUGGCCACCAUGAUGGAGUGGAGGAACAGCCGGGAGGACUGGUUCCUCUUCAGCUGUGAUUUGUCCCAGGUCACGACGGAACGGCUGAACCUGAACGUGGAGAUGAUGAGAUUCCUGUCCUGGCUGGUGGAUCGUCGUCCAGCGGUUCUGGGAGGAACCCAGUGGGACUUCCUGCUCUGCUCCAUGCUGGCCUGGCUGGAGACGGCCAGUGAGAACGUGAGCCGGCUCUGGAGCCCGUGGGUGCAGCUGUUCGUCUGCCAGAACGCUGCCCUGGUCGUGAACCUGGACCGGUUCUUCACGUCGCCGCCCUCUGACGUUCAGGAGACGCUGCCCUCAGAACUGGCCGCCGAAUGGUCCGAUUUCUUCGUGGAGGGAAUCUACAACUUCCUGCUGCCGCUGCCUGUAAAAAUCACCGAAACCUUCCCUGACCCGGACGAGCCGGCGUUCCCGACAGCGGUCCUGCAGGCCGUGGGUUUGGCGCUGGCCCACACGCCGCUGCAGCAGCUCCAGCAGAACUCCCUCCCGCCGCGCUUCAUAGCCGACCAGAAGACCAACCUGCCGGAGCCGCUGCAGACGCUGCUCAACACGCUGUGUCCCCUGCUGCUGUUCAAGGCCCGGCCGCUGCAGCUCACCGUGUACCAGCUGCUGGACAAGGUGAUGCCUCAGCUGCCGGAGUGUGACGGUGAAGGAGACAACAACAAGUCCGACGACGAUAAAGACGAGCCGUGUCUGUCUCCCCCCGCCGCCCUCAUGUCCAUCCUGUCGGCCUGCGAGGAGCUGUGUGAGCACGUGCUGGCCGGGGUCACGGUGGGGGAGUUUGCAGAGGUGCAGCCUCUCAGCGUGGCGUACUCCUGCAUCCUGGGAUACCUGCUGGCCUGGAAGCUGCUGCUCACCUUCUUCAAGGCUUCCCCCUCCCACCUCCGGGCCCAUUACGCUCAGCAUCUCAAGAGAAGCUGCUCCCUCAACAAGCUGCUGCUCCAUCUCUUCAAACUGAUGCCGGAGAGCCCCGUGUACCCGGGUCAGGGGUCCGACACCAAGGAGACCAAGACCUUCUUCACAGAGAACCUGCUCCUCACGGUCGACGAGAGCGGCGGUGGCGUGGCGUGGGAGCUCCCCCACCUGGCCUGCAGCGUGUACUACAGCACGGUGCAGGACCUGCCCGCCAUGGUGCGGCUGUGGUGGAACGGCCAGGAGAAGAGGGUGAGCGCCGCCGUGGAGAAGUUCACCAUGAAGUACGUGAGCCCCGUGCUGUCGGCCCAGGAGAUCUGCUCCGUGCACAGCAGCACGCAGAUGUUCGACAGCAUGACGGUCAAGGCCCGGUCGGCGGCGCGGGAGGUGAUCGCCACCUACUCGGUGGACGACAUCUUCAUCGAGCUGGUGAUCCAGCUGCCGCAGAGCUACCCGCUGGGCUCCAUCACGGUGGAGAGCGGCCGCCGUGUGGGGGUCGCCGUGCAGCAGUGGAGGAACUGGAUGCUGCAGCUGAGCACCUACCUCACCCACCAGAACGGCAGCAUCAUGGAGGGCCUGACGCUGUGGAAGAACAACGUGGACAAACGCUUCGAGGGCAUCGAGGACUGCAUGAUCUGCUUCUCCGUCAUCCACGGAUCCAACUACUCGCUGCCCAAGAAGGGCUGCCGCACCUGCAAGAAGAAGUUCCAUUCGGCCUGUUUGUACAAAUGGUUCAAUUCCAGCAACAAGUCCACCUGCCCGCUCUGCAGGGAAACCUUCUUUUAACCCGGCGUCGACCCGGACGGGAGGAGCGACGUCUCUUAAAACAAACCGGCUGUGGAUUACAGCAGGACGAUCAUCUCCAAAGUUAUUUAAAUCUUUCUGACUUGUUUUAUUCUAAAGGGUCGGAGGAACGUUAACUGCUGUAGGGUAAAGUCUAGUCGUAGCCUACUUUGGGAAGUUUUCGUGUGGGUUGCAGCUCCCAGCUCCCAGCGGUUUGUAUAUAUCCUCUCUUUACCGUACCGCGUAUAUAUACGCCGGCAUCGGCGGCCCCCUGCGGAUGCUUUUAUCUCCCCCAUCCUCGGCUUCAGAGGCUUCACAAGAACCUGAUCUGGGAAAUCAGAGCUGAUUAAUGCGUCUCCGCUGCAGCAGAGACACUUUUCAAAUUAGGAAUUUUGUAUUAACUUACAAGCAUCGCUGAAAACAAACGUCUUUGGCCGAUAUUUCCUAAUAUUUAGGAGUGUAAAAGGAUUGUGUCUGAUUUCACAGAAGCAGGAAAAAGGGGCCUUCGGUUUGGGGAGCUUUGUAAAUGUAAAAAGUCCCACAUUCGUGUGCCUGGCUGUAAAUGAUGCUCAGUGGUUCGUGGACUUCACCAUCCGUUUUUUGUUUUGAAAUGACAAA